UUGGUCUGAUAAUUCGUGGAAUAAUAAAAAUAUCAAAAACCUAACGGAGUAAUUGACUAAAGAGCUUUUUAGAAUGACGCAUUUAGAUACUUUGUGCUCGUUGAGUGGUCUUUGUUGCUUACAUAGGAAAGCGAGAAGGAGGAAAUUCACUCGAGAAAUACCAGGGUGAAUUCCAGUGGCCCAGCUCUGCGGUCAUGUAUUCCCCAUGACUGUCCAGAUUGUGAUGUGGCAUUCCAGCUUGUCAUUCAUCAGCUUGGAUGUGUUCAAAUGAAUUUUGGAAGUGGAUGAUAGCAUGACAACAGGUUACAAGGAUCCAGCAGCAGACAAAAGAUAACUUCUCAUUAUGUCGUUCUCUGUUCCUCUAACCGAAAGCCUGAUCGUUGGGCCGUGAAGGAAACUACUCAAAACAGGAUCUACCCUCACCGUACAUAAUAAAUAGGGGUUGAAUACGCCUCAUUCUGUGUAAAUAUGUGAAUUUUAUGGAUGGUAAUUAUUAAAUAUUGUGCAGUAGGCGACCUUGUUAUAAAUUACACUUAUUUUCCCAUCGCCUUUUAAAUGUUCACAAGUCAAUUUUAAUUAAAUUGAUGCAAUGAAACAAAAAAAAUCUUUACCAGUACUCUAAGGUGAAGAUUGUGAAAUAUCUUCUCUGUAUUUUUGGUAAUAAAGCAGCGUUGGAAAAAGGGAGAAAACGGUUUUAAGUUAAUGAUGCAAGAAAUAACUAUGACUACGUUAUAAAUCUCGUGCAUUUUUUUUUGCCUGUCUGCUUUGACCCAGACUGUCCGUUGGAAUGGCUAGUGCGCGCGUUUUUUCCGGACACAACAGGCACCGCCAUUUUAAAUUGAUGGCGGGGGGGGAAGCAAUCUUUUGAUGGAAGAGGGUGGGAAGAGAGAGCGCGAGGGUGGGGGUGGGGAGAAGCUCGCGCGGUUGAGAAGGUUUGGUUGGGGGAGGGGUGGUAAGUUACAGAUGGGAGGGUGGGGGAGGGGAAGAGGUGGAAAAAAAAACAAGAUGGCCGCCGGCCGCUUGAAGCGAAUGGUUUCCCCGGCUGUGAGUGAAAGCGCUGGCGAAGUGCGGCAGCAGCAACACGGAUUCAACUUGGCCGUGUCGUCAUCACCACUGCCGCUGCUUUCGUCGUCGCCCCCUUCAGCUGCGUCCUCGCCACCUUCCUGUUCGGCCACAAAUGGCACUUUAGACGAAGGGGUGGACAAUAAUAAAAAUAAUAAACUGGCCGGCCCUUUAUAUUUCUCGGUCGACUGUAUGGACUCUAUGUUUUUGGCCCGGCCGACCAGAGUACGGCAGCGCCCCGAGCCCCAGUCUCAGUCUUACCACCGCGGCGAGAGGUGCACGGUCGCCGACCGAGGAGGAGACGGCAAAGGGCCCGAGAUAAAUAAUUAUAACCACCACAACCAUCACAACCACUUUCACCAUUCUCCUCACCGCCGGUACCAUCGUCACCACCAGGCCGGCGAGCCGCAGGAACUGGGGGUGAGUUCUACGGAAAUCCCCGGUCUCGGCCUAAACAGGGAAGCCUCGAGGCUCUGCGGCAAGCGCCAGGACAGAAUGAAUUCCGAUGGAUUUUUCUCUACUCCAGUCGGCGAGGGCAAGAAGAGGGGCAAAGCCGCGAUAUCUAGCACUGCCAGCAACGGCCUGGCCAAAGAAGUGCCUUGUCUCAGCCGCGAGCCUGGCUUGGUGAACGGCAGCAACAAAGCGUCGAGCGGCUGCGGUAUUCAGCGGAGUAACGGCGCCAUCUCGUUGAACUCGGCUUUGUCUGGCAUGGGGAAUCUGGAUAAAAGCCGCUGCUCCCAGCUGCAGAAAAACAGCAACACCGCCACCCCCGAACUCGGCCUACUAUCCAAAGGCAGCACCAAAAUCCCCGGUCUCGCUUACGGAUGUCGAUCCGAAUUUCAUGCCAGCAAGCCCGCGGGAAGUUCACUUAAGUCUCGCUACGGCGAAAUAAAUCCAAAUUGUAUGGGGACUGAUAAUCACAUCAAAAAACAUAUCGAUAGAAUAAACAGUACUUUCGGUGACAUUAUUAACCACCACAAUAACUGUAAUAGUGUCAAUUGUAAUACUAAUGGUAGUCGCAAUAAUAAUAUUAGUCAGGAUGAGGUGAGUGCUCAGAGUUUAUUAGUUAUCGGUAAACAAGCUGAGAUCAGGAGCAGGGCUCAUCGAUUGUGCAAGCGUUUGCAGGUAGUACAAGCUAAACAGGUAGAGCGCCAUGCCCAGCAGCAGCUGGCGGGUUUGGUGGAACACAGUUUAAAACAGUUCUCUUCCUCUUUCACUGAAACAUUUCUUAAUAGCAGUAAUAAUAAACAUAGAAGCACUUUUCACGGGAACAACGACCUGCUGGUUGGUUCUUCAUUGUUGAGAAGUUUCCCAAGAACGGAUUCAAAAGGCGGUAAUGGAGAUACUUAUUCCAGUCCGAGCUCUUCCCUCCGAUCUGGCGGGAGCAGCAAAUGUUUGCUAUCUUCGCCAAGUGAGGAUACUUUUUCUAGUUUUGUGAAAGGUCGAGCUGUUUCUGAGAGUUUGCUGAAACUGGUGUCCAGCGUGACUGCAAAACUCAGGACUUCGGAGAGGGCUUUCGAUUCAGAUGCCACUGAGAGCAGCUCGGGGGGCGAGACUGAUCCAGAGGAUGGUACAGGUGGUGCAAAAUUCGAGCAUCGGCAUGCAGUUCUACAUCGUCGAUCAGAGUGGCGAUGGGCCAUGGAAAGAGCAGCAAUUGUCAACCGUUGGACAUGGUUGCAAGCUCAGGUGUCUGAUCUGGAAUAUCGAAUAAGGCAGCAGACAGACAUAUACAGACAGAUCCGUGCGAAUAAGGGCCCAGUUAUUCUUGGUGAGGCUCAGUUACCAGAAGAUCUGAUGAAGCACCAGUGCCGAUUGGUGACAGCCACCUCAGCAGUCAGCUUGCAAAGCCCUGAUGCAUGCUCCAAUCCCUCAUCUACUGAAGUAAAGGUCCCGAUUGCCAAUAAAAAAUGUGAACUCUCACCAUGCAGCCCAUCUCUCCUCCUGCGGAACAUUGAUAAACAGAGUUCUCGCCUUACACAGUCUCUUGGAAACCUCAUCUGUCCCUCCAGCCCAUCUUGUAGUUCCCCCUCAAAUUCUUCACUGCUACCUAAGGUCUGCACACCGCCAAGGCAAUUAAAUGGGCUGCUGAACAGUCUACAUUCCAGUCCUUUGGACAACAGUUCCCUAGAUAGCUCAGACACAGAAGAAAUCCUUUGUAAAAGACAGCGAUUGGAUAGCCUUACAGUCCCUUCAUCACCACCAGACAACAGCUGUGUUGCUGCCAGAGUUCGUCCCGUCCGAAGGUACAGGAAGAGGAGGCUGGUCAGAUCUAACCUGGCAUGUUACCUUGGUAGAAAGGCCCAGCGUCCUCUGAGCAUCAAAUGUAGCUGUGACUGGCCUAAUGUGUGUAUUUUGUGUGGCUCUAAAACACUAAUGCAGACUAUGGAUCAGCCCAGCAUGUCUCCACAGGAAUGCGUAGCAAUAAUGGAGCCCUGCUAUCACCCAAUAUUGUCACUUCCUCAAGAUAUACCUCUUCAUGUGCACUUUGAAGGCUUACUCAAGCAGGAAGAACAUCAGAAACCAUCUCAGAAAUUUAAGUCUUUGAAGUCUUUCUCCCAAGUGAGACAGAGACCUCAGGACACUGCAAAAAAAGUCUGUCAAAAGCUUGCCUCAUCGCUCCUCACAUCAGCCAAAUAUGUACACAGCAGGAAUGCAUCAGAAAAAGUCUUCAAACAAAGAUUAGAUUUCUGGCAGCCAACCUCUAAAACAGAGAUUGAUCCUUUUACAGAAAAAUUCAAUACACAAAUAAAGAAGCAAAAGUCAUCUGUCCACUUAGCACUCAGUAAACGGCACAAAGCUGCUUCGAGUUCAUCCCCAUCACUACUAAACUCCCAGACUCCAAAACUCAGUUCAACAAUCCACCAUUCACCUUCGUUCACUGACCCCCCUUCUUCAGUCGUACACAACCAGACAGCAACAACCACCACGUCUACACCAUCUGCACGAAAGAGAAGAGGGGAAAGUUCAUUUGACAUAAACAACAUUGUGAUUCCCAUGUCCAUGGCUGCUGCAGCUCGAGUGGAGAAACUUCAGUACAAGGAGAUCCUGACACCAAGCUGGCGAAUCGUAGAUGUUGAACAGUUAAAGCUGCAGAAUUGCAAGUUAGAGGAAGACCAGUAUGAAGAAAUGUCUGAUGAAGCUUUUCUUAAUCGCCAUUCCAAAUGUGAGGAAAUUGAACGUUCUAGAUGGUGUUUGUGGUCUUCCACCAGCUCGGCCAGACGAGGAAGCAGAUCUUCUAACAAAGCCGAUGGCAGGUCUACUCCACAACUGCAGCAAGCUAAUGCAGCAACUCCUCAUCCAGCAUCACCUGACAGUGGAUUCCAUCUGUUGAAUGACUACCCUCAUACACCCUCAUUCACUGGUCCUGUCAGUCCUGACACCUGCUCAUCGCUCAAUUCUUUCUCCUCAAAAGAUCGCUUAAGAGUCCUGUCAAUCAAUGAGGAUACUCGGUCAUCUACGCCUGAAGUCACUGAUGAAGAAGUUCAGAUGGUGCAACCUUGGGAGCCAAGGAUAUUUCCCUUAUCAGCUGAAGACAUGGAACUAUUGAAAGGACACACCAACUCUCUUAGGGAAAGUCGCUAUGAGCGACCAAGGAACCUACACUGGUUGUCGGCUAACAAUCUGAGCAUUAGGACCGAAUCUGCUGAGUGCGUUCCUUCGUUAUUGCAGAGUCCGAGAGGCUCUGCAUAUUUACAGGAAGAUAGCAAUUCAGACUUGAGAUUGACUCUGGCAACUGAUAAUGAACGAAGUAUGGAUAGAUGAACUUGACACACAGAAUAAUUUAUCAACAAGACCCGCACAGCAAUUACAACUUGUAUAUAUGUGCUGUAUCUAUAUAUAAAUAUAUAUAUAUAUAUAUAUAUAUAAAAAAACAGAGAAAACCUGUUAUUUUGUUUUUAAAUGUUUGAUAUUCAAACAUCUAUUUUUGAGAGAAUGCAUAUAUAAUAACUUCUAUUCAGUGAACUUUUUAUUUUCAUUUCUUUUCAAGUCACUAUACUGUAAAUUGUACCAUUUGGGGGUUUGGUUUGUUGUGGCUAGGGAAUCAGUCACAAAUGUAAAGAAUGUAAGGUCCUCUAUGUAAAAGUGAUGUCAGUCUGUGCCAACAAAAGAAGGGAAAGCUUUAGAGAAAGAGAAUAAAAAAACUUUUUAAAACAAACAUUUAUUGGGGGUGGGGGGGAAGGGAGCAGGAAUCCUCGUUGAAAAGAGUAGAAAUAGUUUCUCCUGUUUCAGUAAAUCCUUUGGGCUUGUCUUCAUUAACACUGCUGCAUUCUAGAAUAUUUGUGCUGUUGUAUAGCAUGCCCGAGGAGUGGUCGACUGACUGUACUUUCCCUAUAUUAAAUUACUACAAUUCUUGUUU